AUGUCCUUAGAGGCAACCUACCGCAUAGCCAGGGGUGCGCCAGUACUAUCUCAUAGUAUUUCGGCAUCCCUACCAAAAAUCACCUCUCGGGUUCUAUUGCCUAGAGCACAAACCAUUCUCUCACAGACAUACACACAACAGCAAAGACAGCUCCAUGUCCCUUCCAGACUAAGAGCGCCGAAUAGUGGGUUGAUGGGGAUUAAUAACUCGAGUGUGCCGACUUCAUAUUUCCAACGACCUUCAUUACCCGCAAAUACCAUUAUUCGAUUCGUUCCCCAACAAACAGCAUGGAUUGUGGAGCGCAUGGGAAAGUUCAACCGAAUACUGGAACCCGGUCUCGCUAUUUUAUUGCCUAUAAUAGAUAAGAUAGCGUAUGUCAAGAGCUUGAAGGAGUCUGCUAUCGAGAUUCCUAGCCAAAGUGCAAUCACAACUGACAACGUUACUUUGGAGCUUGAUGGUGUACUUUAUACUCGAGUCUUUGAUGCAUAUAAGGCUAGCUAUGGAGUCGAGGACGCCGAAUAUGCUAUUUCUCAACUGGCACAAACAACCAUGCGUUCGGAAAUCGGACAGCUUACUCUCGAUCAAGUACUCAAAGAGCGCGCCGCACUAAACACCAACAUUACAGCAGCCAUUAAUGAAGCCGCGCAAGAAUGGGGUGUUAUUUGCCUGCGUUACGAAAUUAGAGAUAUCCACACGCCCGAAGGAGUCAUGGAGGCCAUGCAUCGACAGGUCACUGCUGAGCGCAGCAAGCGAGCGGAAAUUCUCGAUUCCGAAGGUCAGAGACAGAGUGCCAUCAAUAUCGCCGAGGGACGAAAGCAAAGUGUAAUCUUGGCAUCUGAGGCCUUGAGAAGUGAACAAAUCAACAUGGCGAGUGGUGAGGCCGAAGCUAUUCUAUUAAAGGCAAAGGCAACCGCUGCAGGUAUUGAGGCAGUAGCACACGCAAUCGCUUCAGGAGAGGAAUCAGCGCAAGGAGCUGUUAGUCUCAGUGUAGCUGAAAAGUACGUUGAGGCGUUUGGCAAGCUUGCUAAAGAAGGUACAGCAGUUGUGGUUCCUGGAAAUGUGGGAGAUAUUGGAAGUAUGAUUGCUAGCGCCAUGGCUGUAUAUGGAAAAGUUGGUGAUGCCCAAGCAAAAACCAUGGCCGCUAAGAUCUUGAAAGGACAGAAGAGCACUGAGCAGACGAGUACAGAAAACGAGUCGCCCAAUGAGGAGAUGAAGAGAAGCAUGCUGGCGUCUUUCGAAAACGCUACCAAAAAGUAA